AUGGGGGGGUUCCAGCUCCCGGAGGCUGGCUUGCAAGGGGGAAAGGCUUGCUCGGGCUGUGGCCUCGCUGGGCCUGCGCCGGCAAGAGGAGCGAGGAGCGAGGAGCGAGGAGCGAGCGAGCAGAGAGCGAGUGUGCACGCGGGGAGGGAGGGAGGGGCGCCCGGGUACGCGCACGGCAAGGGGCCGGGGUGCGGGCGCGCGGCUGGAGCUGGCGCGGGAGCGGCGGGAGCGGUGGCGGCGGCGGCGGCAGAGGCAGAGGCAGAGGCGGCGGCUCGAGCUCCAGCUCCGGCUCCGGCUCCGGCUCCGGCUCCGGCUCCGGGUGCUCGGGUGGCGGGAGCGGGACCGGGCGGCGGCGGCGGCGGGGGAAGAGCGCGCGCGGGAGCCACAACAGCCUGGGGAGGGGACAUGCGGACCGACGGCCCCUGGAUAGGCGGAAGGAGCGGAGGCCCUGGUGCCCUGCCCUCGGGGCUGUUUCUCCAGCAAGAGUGACUGGCGUGAACAAGCCAAGACCUGGUGAGUG